AUGACCAAGCGAAGACAAUCAAUAGACUAUACGGAUAAGAGGACCAAGCAUUAUAAUAUGCGAUUAUUCCCAGUGUACCAUACUGAUAGGUACCGUGGAUCGUCACCAACAUACAAACAGCCAGUUGAAAUCAAUUCUUAUAGUAUUGAUGCAGAUCGCCGAGUUUGGUUUGAUGACAGGGAACUGAAAUACUAUUAUCCUGCGACAGGUACCGAUCUGACUCUAGGAUACGAUAAGUUUAUUCAACGCGACGAAACGGUACCGGAACAUUUGGAUACUUUAUUGGACGCCAUCACGGACGCUCGACUCAAGUCAAAAGAUAGUCAUGUAACAAAGGCAAAUAUUGUAACCUGGCGAGGUAUCAUGACCAAAUUACUAUGUACACCUUAUUGUAGAAAUGAACCUUGGGAAUUAAGGGUAACACGAUACAAUGAUACCAUUUUCAUCGAAGAGCAAGCCACUGAAGACAAGAAGAAAAAAGAAGCAGAAGCAUCGGUACGACAACAACUCAUGUGCUAUUGGGGUUACAAAUUUGAAACUCUCUCCACCGUCUCUAUACCUCCAAAACAAAUGACAAAUGACCAUCAAGAACUGCAAGAUAGAAUUAAUGAAGGUGCCGAUACAAAUAUUCAAUACUGUGUUGUUGUCAAAACUAGCCUUGGGAAAAACUCAUUGAUCAUGGGUGCGGAAGUGGAUUGUACAAUAGAUGAAAAACAAGCUAAAGAUCCUCUUCGACAUUAUAUUGAAUUAAAAACAUCAAGAUUGAUAGAAAAUUAUAAACAGCAAAACACAUUUGAAAGGUAA